UUCUAACAGCCUCUAACAUCUGUGCUUGACAGUUGACAGUGACAGUUGAUUCAUGAUUGACGUGGAGCUGUAAGCUGUUAUGGAUCGAUACUUUGUUUACAAUUGUAAAAUAAAACAUUUUUUUGAUUGAUCUGAAUAUUAAUGCACUGUGUCUAGUCGUUAUUCUUGAAAGCAAUAUUGAUCACGUGUAAUACUGUUGCUGUGAGCCAUAAUGGCAAUUCAAGCGGACCCUCGAAUGGGCAAUUGCACUUUGCCUACAAAAUCUAGAACGGAAGUAAAUGUAAGAAUACUUUUAAAUAAAUGUGAAUCAAUUGCAAAACAAGAGCCUUUGGAUGCAAACUGUCGUCUAAAACAAUACGUACAAAACUUAGAGGAAUUUAUAACUGAAUUAAAGGCUGAAAAUCCUGACAAACUUCCUAAAGAUAUGCCAGAAUAUUUGAAAAGGACUGCAUUUUUAAAAGGUUUAAUCCAGACUGCUACACUAAAUAGCCCUAUGGAAAAACUGGAAGCUGUACAAUUAUUAUCCCAUGGAGCAGCUACGAUAUCUGCUGAUGCAGCAGCCCUGGAGAUUCAUCAGAAAACUGUAGCUAAAUAUGGCUUAGAACUUCGAUCCGAGUUGUUUGGACCAGAAGACAGUGAUGAUACAUUGAGGAAACGGAACAUAAUAAAAGCACCCAAUUUUACAAGUAACAGUAGCAGUCAGGAAGAUAUCGAUUCAUUGCUUAAAUACCAUCAAAAUAUGCAAGAGAAAGUUGCAGAAAAUAUGGUGCUUCUAACUAAAAGUUUGAAGGAACAGUCACAGAUUGCUAGCAAGAUUAUCAAAGCUGACACUGAGGCUUUAAAGAAGUCAUCAGAUCUGACAGACAAGAACUUAAUGUCUCUUAAAGUUGAAUCAGAGAGGUUGCAGGAGCAUAGUCGCAGUGCAUGGAAGUGUUGGUUGUGGCUUAUGCUGGCUGCUGUGAUGGUCAUAUUUAUAAAUAUGGUUCUCUUCAUGAAAGUUAUGAAGAAAAGAAAAACUGACAUGUAAAUUUAUCAAUGUUAAUAUUAUUUGGUAUGUGUUAUUUAUUUGUAUAUUUAAAUUUAUUUUAAUGUAUAUAUGUAUAAUUAAUUAGUCUUGCCUGUGGUUAUAAUCAUUAAAAGACAAAUUUCAUUACUAUUAAAUAUAUGUAUUUUUAUUUCUACCAAAAAUUUCAAUUUCAUUCAAUCUAUAUGUUAUAACAUUGCUUUUAAUCCUAUAGGUAUAUGGAAUAGAGAUAAAACUCUAAAGCUUUAGUAAACAUUUGCAUAAAUAGAAACUAUAUUCUAUAACUAUAUAGUAUUUACUCCAUAUUUUAUUACCAUAAAGGAAUACACUAAAAACACAAUUUUCGUAUAUUCCUGUGCUUGAUUGGAUUGGACCUAUCAUUUCAAUACUUCCAAGACUGCCCAUUCAAUGUUAAAUCUAUUCGAAUAAUUACAUUAUAAUGAAUUACGUUUGCAUUAUUCUCUAUAAACGCAUCUCUACAGUAAUUCAGGUAAUUCUGUUCAUUGAAUAUUUUGGCAUAAAAUUGUGAAAUAUUUCGGUAUAUAUUUAUAAUAUAAUAGCGUUCUAAUAAUUCAAGCAUCUAUCAUGUUAACAUAGAAAUGUCGUCUUUUGUUGUACGACGCCUUAACAAGAAUAGUCAGUUUAUACGAACACACUACGUAAAUUGAACACCUAUCCAUUUAUUUAAUGAUAUUUAGAGAACAAGAUUUUAUAACAACCUAUAUAAUAUAAUAGCCUCAUUCUGCUAGUAGACUAUGCUUAAUAUUUUUUAAACUAAAUUUGUA